GCUUCCGGCACAAGGGCGCAUGCGCAGUGUCCGUCUUUACCUCAGAAUCGAACUGUUGCUCGGUAACUGCCGAGAAUCAAUUGCUUUCCUCAGCCAAAUAUGUACAAUCUGUACUUUUCGUAGGAUUAAACCGCCAUAUUAAUGUGUUCUCUAAUAGGAGUUUAAUUAUUGGACCGUUGGAUUCAGAAAUCGCAGAAAAUGGCUGUAUUACCGGCGCAUCCGUCUCAGAUUUAGCCAAACGUCAGAACAUGCCACGUCUGCUCAGUACACCUGCACACGUGUGAAAGCCCCUGAUGAUGACUUGAUAUUUGACGUCAUGGAGGAAUACACCUGUACAGAGAAGAAGACUUGAGUUCAUCCACUUCACCUGAUCAUCCACUCCACUCAGCAAUGGGGAGGAUCAGCAUUUCCUGCCUGUUUCCAGCAUCCUGGCACUUCAGUUUAUCACCAGUGGUGCUGCCUCGCUUCCUGUUGCCUUCCUUCAGACAGUUGCUGCUGCUGGGUCUGUUGGUUAGCGUGAUGGGGCUUCUGUACCUGCUGCUGGUUACAGGGAAGGGCCAGUACAGCUGGUUAAGAGAGGACAAGCACUACCACACACAUUUGGGUCGGGUACCAGAUUUGGAAGCCACAGACACAAAUAACCCCAAUCUUAACUAUGGGCUCGUGGUGGACUGUGGAAGCAGCGGCUCCCGCGUCUUUGUGUACACGUGGCCGCGGCACAACGGCAACCUGCACGAACUGCUGGACAUUAAGCAGAUGAGAGACAAGCACCGAAAGCCAGUGGUGAUGAAGAUCAAGCCAGGUAUCUCUGAAUAUGCAUCUACACCCGACAAGGCCAGCGACUAUAUCAGCCCUCUGCUCAGUUUUGCCGCUCAGCACAUCCCUAAGAACAAGCAUCAGGAAACACCCCUGUACAUUCUGUGUACUGCAGGAAUGAGAGUCCUUCCUGAAAGCCAGCAGGAGGCCCUCUUGGAGGAUUUGAGGACUGACAUUCCGGUGAAUUUUAACUUCCUGUUCUCUGACUCCCACGUGGAGGUCAUCUCAGGCAAACAGGAAGGAGUAUAUGCAUGGAUAGGGAUAAACUUUGUUCUGGGGCGAUUCAAUCAUGUUAAGGAUGAUGAACAUGAGGCUGUUGUUGAAGUCCAGGUCCCUGGCAGUGACCAGCAGGAGACGGUAAUGCGCAGGCGUACGGCUGGCGUGUUGGACAUGGGUGGCGUCUCUACACAGAUCGCAUACGAAGUGCCCAAAACUGUAAGCUUUGCUUCUCCACAACAGGAAGAGAUAGCGAAGAACUUACUGGCAGAGUUUAACCUGGGCUGUGAUGCUCACCGAACCGAACACGUGUACCGCGUGUACGUCUCAACGUUUUUGGGUUUCGGUGGGAAUGCAGCUCGGCAGAGAUACGAGGAAAACCUUAUGAGCAACACACGUAUCCAAAACAAGCUCCUGGGUCAGCAUCAGGGCGAGAGCGCGGACUCGCCCAUCCUCGACCCCUGCCUCCCUUCGGACAUCCAGGAUGAGGUCGGUCCUCAGGAGAAGAAAGUUCACCUGCGCGGCAUUGGAGACUUUGACCGUUGUCGCGUGCUGCUCCAGCCGUUCCUCAAUCGCACCAACGACACCAGCACAUCGCUUAACGGAGUCUACCAGCCGCCCAUUGACUUUCCCAACAGCCAGUUUUAUGGUUUCUCUGAGUUUUACUACUGUACUGAAGACGUGCUGCGUAUGGGGGGACACUACAACUCCACCAAAUAUACUAACGCUGCUAAGAGUUACUGUGCCACCCAGUGGAAAACGUUGAAAGAGCGCUUUGAUCGAGGUCUGUACGCCUCACACGCAGACCUACACAGACUCAAAUAUCAGUGCUUUAAGUCUGCCUGGAUGUAUGAGGUGCUCCACUCAGGGUUUGCGUUCCCAACAGCGUACGAUAAUCUCAGGACGGCCCUGCUAGUCUAUGAUAAAGAAGUCCAGUGGACGCUAGGAGCCAUUUUGUAUCGCACACGUUUUCUACCUCUAAGGGAUAUCCAGCAGGAGAGUCUGAAAGGCACUCAUUCUCACUGGCAGCACAGCUUCUCCUUCAUGAACAACCAUUAUCUCUUCCUGGCCUGUUUUCUGGUGGUGGUUUUGUCCAUCCUCCUUUACCUGCUCCGUCUGAGGCGCAUUCACCACCGCUCGACGCUGCACCGCAGUGCCUCCGCUUCCAUCCAGUGGCUGGAGGAGGGCCUGGGGUCACCAGACCUCCCCGUUACCCUAUAAGACCUGAACCUUGUCAAUCAUAACAACUGACCAAUCGCUAGAGGAGAACUCUCAUGUAAUGUGAAACUCUUCGAUGAACCUCUCCAAUGAAGGCGCUUUGGUUGUUUCCACUAAUUUUGCACUCCGACGACUCCCUCUACUACAAUCUCCAUGUUGGCCACUCACCUGUCAGUUCUGUUAAAGCCGGAUUCACAAAAUAAAUCACAAUGGACGUGUGUUGAAAUGACAUUCAGUGAUUUUGACUGUUGGUGUAUAUUUAGAUAUUCAUGCGUAAAGACUGCAGCUCCACUCCUUGCCAUAAUUUUUUGAAUGAUUAUAAUUGCCAUAUGUGGCUGCUUGUGGAUGUCAUUUAUUAUUUUUUGGCCAGUUUUUAUUUAUUACAGAGGAAAGCUGAGACUGCCUUUGAUUUCAAAUGUCAUUAUCAAUGUGAAAGUGGUUGGUUGCAUAGCAUUUUUUUUUUUUUUUUAAGCUCCACAAUAAUAAUUGAACAUCAUAUAUUGGUGGUGCAAAAGAGAAGUGGAGCAAGGUUGGUAUUUUAAAUGGUGAAUAUUAAAUGUUUUUAACAACAGAUAUUGCACAGUGAAAGGAUUUUUUCUUUCGAUACGCACCUGAAACUUUUCCAAAAGUCAUAAAGCAUCUGUCUUGUUUUGAAAAGCACUAUGUGCUUUAGAUUUUAAAGCGAUGUCAACGCAAGUGGACUGGAACAAUAAGGUAAUGGAACAAUAUUCACCCUAAAUCUUACAGUAUCACACUUAAUAUUGCUUUUUCAUGGGUGAUACGAUUAUUGUCUGUUUGCGUACAUUGUGAGCAUGUGUAUGUGCAUUUUUAUAUCGAAUCGGUGCGAUAUUUCUGUAUUAUUGUGUGGGGUUAAAGGGGAGUUUUAAGAUGGAUUCCAAAAGAUCUGAAUCUUUAAGGAAUGUGUUGCUUUGAACAGAGUACACUUCACAUAUUUCAGUGCAAUUUCCCCUAUGUCGUCUUAUGAAACUUCUGAUGUAAAGAUCAUUCACUGCUGUGGUAUUUAUUGUAUGAAAGCGCAGGUACUGUACCAUAUUCACAAAAGCUGUUUGCACGCAGAAAACAUCAAUUCCACCACUGUUGCUGUUGUUAAAGAUAAAGACAAAUGAUAAAUUA